ACACAGUCACACUCAUAAGUCAUAAAUCAUAAAUCAUAAAUCAUACUACUACUCCUAAAAGGAUUCGAUGCACUUUAAAUUUGGGUACAGAGUCAUGUAACCUCACUCACCCCCUUAAUUGAUUUCUCGGAAAUCGGCGACGCUGUCAUUGCUGAGUUUUUUCUACCUUCACUGUUACAGUUCUUCAUCGAAGAUAGAGAAAAGAGAGAAAUUAUAGUGAUGGGAAAAGAAGGAUACAUAGUUCCAGUGGACCCUCAAAUGGGGUUGAGUGUGGGCCUGAAGAAGAAACUUGUCGGAUCGCGCAAUUGGGUUUUACUUGAUUCGUCGCGUCAGGGUACAGUUCUUAAUCUUGAUAAAUACGCUAUUAUGCAUCGUGUUCAUAUCCAUGCCCGUGAUCUUCGAAUUUUGGAUCCUCUUCUCUCCUACCCUUCCACUAUUUUGGGACGUGAGAAAGCCAUUGUUCUCAAUUUGGAGCAUAUUAAGGCCAUUAUUACAGCUGAUGAGGUCUUACUUCGAGACCCUACGGAAGAAAAUGUAAUUCCUGUUAUUCAGGAACUUCAGAGGCGGUUAUGUCCUCCAGUGCAUAGGAUUCAAGGAGAUGGGAAAGAGUCAGGCAAACAUGAUGUUGAAGCUAAUGAUGAAGAUGAUUCCCCUUUUGAAUUUCGUGCUCUUGAGGUGGCUUUGGAUUCAAUAUGUAGCUUUCUUGCUGCACGCACUACUGAACUUGAAACUGCUGCUUACCCUGCACUAGAUGAGUUGACGUCCAAGAUAAGCAGCCGAAACUUGGACAGAGUAAGGAAAUUAAAGAGUGCAAUGACAAGAUUGACAGCUCGUGUUCAAAAGGUGAAAGAUGAGCUUGAACAACUUUUGGAUGAUGAUGAUGAUAUGGCUGACCUUUAUUUGUCCAGAAAGGCUGCACCUACUUCACCAGUUAGCGGAUCAGGAGCUUCUUGGUUCCCGAGCUCACCUACCUUUGGUUAUAAGAUAUCAAGAGCAAGCAGAGCAAGUGUGAUCACAGGUCGUGGUGAUGAGAAUGAUGUUGAAGAACUUGAAAUGUUGCUUGAGGCUUACUUCAUGCAAAUUGACGGGACAUUGAAUAAAUUAACUACGCUUCGUGAAUACAUAGAUGACACGGAGGAUUACAUUAACAUUCAGCUCGACAAUCAUCGAAAUCAGUUAAUUCAGCUAGAGCUCUUCUUGAGUGCAGGAACGGUUUGCUUAUCUGUGUACUCUUUGGUGGCUGGAAUUUUUGGAAUGAAUAUACCAUUUACUUGGAUGGAGAAUUAUGAUUACCUCUUUAAAUGGGUAGUCAUCCUUACAGGAUUUUUUUGUGUUGUACUCUUUUUAUUUAUAAUAUCAUAUGCUCGUAAUAAAGGUCUUGUGGGAUCGUGAGAUAAAAUUAGCACUAUCUUUUUUCAUAGAGGAACAAGAUCAACAUGCGAUCUUGUCGGGGUAACCUCAGACUUACACUAAAUCUUCUUUGAUCGUGGAGUUGUUCAUACUAAUUAUGGAACAUAGUGAGCACAACCCAAAUUUCUUAGGUGAUUAUCACACAUUCUUUGUGGUAUCGAUAUACUCAAUAGAAUUUCUAGAGGCUUUUUUUCUAAAAAUUUUCUCUUGUAAAUUUAUAUAACCUCAGUAAUAAGUUUUAUCUUGUAAGUAGCAAUUUUUUUCAAUUGAUUAAACAAAAGAUGCAUCUGAAA